CAACUACCAUCAUCCUCAUCUAAGUCCUCCAUACUCCAACAAUCCUCCUACUGAUUUCCCUCCAUGAUAAGGAAAUAUCAGCAAACGCACUGUAUACCGGACCUAUACAGGCCGUCGGCCAGUGCACUCGCAAAAUAUUUCUCCAAUCAAACUAACCCCGAUACUAAAACAAAAGAAAGAAAGAAAGGUAAUGCUGAUUUUGCAAAACACCGCUACACCUGUUUCAAAACUUUUGCUUGCUUCAAACAAAACGCUCCCGCCAUGUGUCUGACCGUCUUUUCUCACAUUCACUUGCAUUAACGAUUUUUCAAUCUAGAGGUCCAGCGGGGAUAGCGGAAGGGGCGGGACUUACCAGCUCUAUUGUCAUAGACAUUAGUUCGUGUUGUGUGGACGGGCUCUAACGUAUUCCUGCUGUUGUUUUGUAGCCCGUGCAGCGAAAGUAGGCUAGACCUACGCUAACUUUCCAUUAUUUUCUUCCCGCUAUAAAGUCUAGCAAAGGGUAAACUUGCAUUAUGUCUCUGCCGACUGAUAAAGGAUCUGAUCUAAAACGGAUUAUCCGCGGUCAUUUAGUCCAGAUGAACAUCCAUGACAAGAUACGUAGUAUACUGACAGAAACAAGGGAGGACUUGGAUCCUGGAUUUGUGUCCGAAGGGGACUUGCUGCGUGCUUUGGAGCAGAGAGGAGUCGUUGACGAUGUUAUGAAGGAACUGACGCUACACGUCGACAGCGUGACAGAAGCAGAGAUUUCAGACCCCCCAAACAAGUCUGAAAAAAUCAGUGUGACUCAUGCAGAGAAAAUUAAUAUUGAUCUCAAAAGAAGAUACCUGAAUGUUCAAAUCCUGGGGGGAAAGGCAUUUCUUGAACAUUUACAGGAGCCUGACAAAACACUUGGUGGGAUCUGUUCUACCUUAACACUCUGUCUUGGCUUCUGUAACCAACGUUUCCGUUCCAAACCCGUACCUUGUGCUUGUGAACCAGAUCUACAAGAGAGCUUCUUAUUAGAGGUCCAUCAAGAUGCAACAGGGAAUGGAAACAAAAUGGCAGACAGUUCCACAAUGCUGUCCAUGUGUGAUCCCAUCCAUAUGGUGCUUAUCAAAACGGACACAUCAGGGGAUACUGUGCUCACGUCCUCACACUUCUUGGACUGGCGAACUGUUCUUUGUGCUCCUCGUGGAAGGACCAGCAUUGCAAUUGAGCUUCUUGGAGUUGGGAGUGAGUGCAAAGUGCCUAUUGGAGUUCUUAAUGUGAAGCUGGAGCUCUAUCCUCCCCUGGUAGACCACCUCUCUGUUGAUGUCAUUACUACUCAGCAAUCCCUGGAGAGGCAGAAGACUGCAGAAAAGGAACGCUUAUUUUUAGUGUAUGCUAAGCAAUGGUGGAGGGAAUUUCUAGCGAUUCGCCCAUCCAAUCAGAACAAGCUUGUGAAGAUCUUUGCUCAGGAUGAGAAUGGCAUGAAUCGACCUGUCUGUUCAUAUGUACACAUUCUUCGGGGAGGUCGGCUUCUGGAAUCUCCACGCCAGGCAGCCCGGUUUGUAAGCCUACUGGCCCAGGAAAGGGUACCUGUGGUUGGAGGUGGCAGCUACCAUGAGCAGUGGUGCACUAUGAUGGCCUUCCUUUGCAGGAAUAAGGGAGACUGUGAGGACCAUGCCACCCUCUUGUGCAGCCUACUUCUAGGUUUCGGCCUGGAUGCCUAUGUAUGUGUCGGCACAAAGGCAAGAAACAAUCCUCAUGUGUGGGUCAUGACCUGUGGCACUGAUGGCACUGUCACCUUUUGGGAAAGCCUGACUGGUAAUAGGUACCUCCAUCGGCUGAUUGAUCCAGAUGAUCUGACAUCUCACCCUAAGCCUUCCUACCCCUACCAGACUGUUGGCUGUGUGUUUAACCAGAAGGCCUUCUUCGCAAACUGCCAGCCAACAGAUUCUGUACCGCUGUGUGUUUUUGACUUAGAAGAUAAGUCUUGCUGGAAGGCUAUGAGUGAGGAAGCACUGAAUUCUGUGUGCGCUUCAGGAUCCAUAACUUCUUUACCUCCUGUGCCCACUCUCUGUUCUUCCUCACUUGAUCCAGUUCAGGCCAGUAAUCAGAUGGAACUGGAGCUGCGCCAUUUAUUGGCCGAACACAGAAAGGACUUGGGUUUAGCUACAAUAUGGGAUGACAACCUGUCAUACCUGCUCUCUGCAGCACUGGUAGCUUAUGAGCUUGAACGAUGUACUGGUGUCUCAUGUGGCAAUGAGGAAUUUCAGGAUGCUAUCAGAAGAGCGGUCCCUGAUGGCCACACAUUUAAAGGCUUCCCUAUCCAAUUUCUGCACCAUAAUACACAUCGAGCUUUUGCUACCUGUCUCAGGUCACAUUUCUGUGAGGAGAUAGUUUGCUGUCGUGGAGACCAUGUUCGGUUGGCAGUGCGAGUGCGAGUGUUUGUCUAUCCUGAGUCAGCCUGUGCUACUUGGGUCAUGUUUGCCUGCAAGUACCACUCUAUUCUGUGAUGUGACUAGAUGUGAAAUAUUCAACAUAGACAAAUCUGUUGUAAAGGUUCAUCAUCAGUUCAUCAUGUGUGUGUAUUGUUUCUGUUUGGCUGUAUUUUGAUAAAUAAAUGUACAGAUAAAUGGUUCUUUUUGUGAGUGAUUUAUCACAGAUGUUAAAUGAAUGGAUUCUGCUUUUUAAAUGAAUUACCCUGGUAACUCUGCCCAUAUCAUUGUCAGGCCAAAAGUGAGAUGGCUCUUUCAACUGAUCAAAAGAGAUUGAAGAUAUUCUUUGCAUGUAUCUUGGCUAAGGGAAAUUUUACAACAGUUGCAGUUGUAAACGGUUGAAAAAUGUAACCAUAACCAUGAUUGCUGUGUCUUCUGAUAACUCAUUGCUAAUACUUAACAUCUACUCAGGUUGACUUGAGUAGCUAAAUUUUCUCCUUUUGUUGUGGAACUUGACACCAAUGAAUAUACUAUGCUAUAGGGGAGAGCAGCAAGUUAUGAAGUAACCUGCUGGUGUUUUUCAAAACUAGAGGCACAAACUAAAGGCUACAUUGUGCAGAAUAGAACAAAAAAUAUUUAAUUUUAGGUUACCUUUUUAUCUUUAGGUUACCUUAUCUUUUUGGAUUUCCGCAAGUUUUCUACUUCCCAUGAGGCCUUGCGUCAAAUAUGGGAGUGACUUCCGCUUCUAACUAACUGUUUGGGGGCCUUUUUAAAGUUCUUCAGACAUUCUUUUUGAUUCGUUGUCUUGAUGGAAACUGUACCAUCGUUGGCAGGAACACUGAUUUAGUUUUAGGCUUAUGUAAUAUUUGCAUUUAAGCCAAUUAAUUAGAGCUCCGGUUUGACAGGCAGAUAAAUGCAGUGGUGAAAGCCAGCUUUUUUCAACUCAGAAAUAUUGCAAAGAUUAAGACCUUUCUCAACCCCCCAGAUCUUGAAAGGGUAAUUUGUGCCUGCAGCUAGUCCUAAACGCAGCCGCUAGACUGUUAACAGGCACAAGGAAACGAGACCACAUCACCACUGUCCUAGCCUCCCUCCACUGGCUUCCGGUUCGUUACAGAAUUGAUUUUAAAGUCCUUCUUUUUACUUUCAAAGCCAUUAACGGAAAAGCCCUCCCCCCACACACAUCUCAGACCUCCUCUCCCCCUACUCUAAUGUUAGGUCCCUUAGAUCGGCCACGCAGGGGUUACUGAAGGAGCUGAAGGCCAAUCUCAAGCACAGGGGCUACUGUGCCUUUGCUGUUGCAGCCCCCAAACUGUGGAACAGCACCCCUACCUCCAUCAGAUUCGCCCCUUCAGGUGACUCUUUUAAAUCCCAGCUCAAAACAUACCUUUUCUCUCUAGCGUUUCCCCAUUCAUCUUGACCGGAGCCCUGCUUGUACUGUCGUCUCUUUCGUGUAUUCGUAUAGUCUGCUUUAUGAUGUGUUUUUUGUAUGGCCUGCCUCUGUCUUAUUUGUUAUAUGUUAUAUGUUUGCUUCCUACUGGUCUCUGUAAAGCACUUUGGUUGAUGCAAGUCAUGUUUAAACGUGCUAUAUAAAUAAAUCUGAUUGAUUGAUUGAUUGAAGGUAAUUAAUUAAUUAAUUAGUGAAUAAUAAUAUAAAAAAUAUUUAGCCUGUUCGCUAAUUAGCACACAAAAUAUAGGUAUACUAGCACACAAAAUAAUAGGUAU